AAACAAAUCCCAUUUAGUAGUAACAAAAUUAAAACAGAAUUAGUUUUUUAUUAUAAACCUUCGAGAUUGAAACUUGAAAAUAAAAAUAAUAUUCCUACCUGCAGCGCGCAGGACACGCACUUUGACCAUCUCUCACAAUGGUUGGAGUUAUACGGCAACAUCAAUUUGAUCACUUGAUCGGCGUGGUUCCGUUAUAGAAAGAUGUGGGCAGCUUCGUGCCUGGCAUCGUGCUGCGCGGCCUGCGCCUGCGACGCCUGCCGCACGGUGGUGUCGGGGAUCAGCCGGCGAUCCGCCCGUAUUGCAUACUGCGGUCUUUUUGCUCUUUCUUUGAUCGUCUCCUGGAUUCUUCGGGAGGUUGCUGCACCCCUCAUGGAGAAAAUUCCCUGGAUCAAUCAUUUCCAACAAACACCAAACAGGGAGUGGUUUGAAACAGAUGCAGUUCUACGAGUGAGCUUGGGCAACUUUCUAUUUUUCACAGUCCUUGCUAUUUUUAUGAUUGGUGUAAAGAGCCAGAAGGAUCCUCGUGAUAGUGUGCACCAUGGAGGUUGGAUGAUGAAAAUUAUUAGCUGGUGCAUUUUGGUGAUACUGAUGUUUUUUGUUCCUAAUGGCAUCAUCAGCUUCUAUGAAGCAACAUCAAAGUUUGGCUCAGGGCUUUUCCUUCUUGUUCAAGUUGUGCUUCUACUGGAUUUUGUUCAUGGAUGGAAUGAAAACUGGGUUGGAUAUGAUGAGAAGUUUUGGUACAUGGCUUUGCUUGUUAUUUCACUUAUAUGCUAUGUGGCAACGUUUUCAUUCUCUGGAGUUCUCUUCUACCUCUUUACCCCUUCAGGACAUGAUUGUGGGCUUAACACUUUCUUCAUUGUGAUGACUUUGAUUUUUGUCUUCGUCUUUGCUAUUAUCACCUUGCAUCCAUCAGUUGGUGGAAGCAUUUUGCCCGCUUCAGUGAUAUCUCUGUAUAUCAUGUACCUCUGCUACAGUGGGCUUGCCAGUGAGCCAAGGGAUUAUGAAUGCAAUGGUCUUCAUAGCCAUUCUAAUGCAGUUUCGACCAGUAGUCUUGCUAUUGGGCUGCUUACUACGGUGCUAUCUGUUGUAUAUUCUGCUGUACGAGCUGGGUCCUCGAGAACUGUACUUUCCCCUCCAAGCUCACCCCGAGCAGGUUCUGGAAAGCCUUUGUUACCAAUGGAUAAGACGGAUGAACACCGUGACGAGGAAGAGAAGUCAAGAGCAGUUUCAUAUUCGUAUUCCUUCUUCCACUUAAUCUUCUCACUUGCGAGCAUGUACUCUGCCAUGCUCCUCACAGGUUGGUCAACCUCAGUGGGAGAGAGCGGGAAAUUGGUGGACGUGGGGUGGCCGUCAGUGUGGGUUCGUAUCAUAACCAGUUGGGCGACUGCUGGUCUGUUUAUAUGGUCUCUAGUUGCGCCGAUCAUCUUCCCUGACCGGGAAUUCUGAUCAUCCCAGAAAACUAAGUGUGCUCUUUGUGCCUCACUCUUACAAAACUGUCAAUUCUUACCUUGCUGGAAAAAAGAUUUCUGCCAAAUGGCAUGGCUGAAUGUGGUUUGUGGUUUCAUAGUUAGGAGUAAUAUAUUUUGUAUAAAUGUGUGGUUUGGUUUGCUGAAAAUUGUGGACUUGUUGGAAGGUUUGUGAAACUAGCAGUGCCAGGAUCUAUCAAAUGAGUACCUCCACAUAUUAUGGAAUUACUUUUAUUACUUUUA